AUGCGACCCUUUCAAAGGUCGAGUCUAGGCCUUUUGGCACUUUUGAUUUGCUCAACUUUGCGUGAGUUUUUCUGAAUAUAUCAUAGUAGACUUCAGUAGGUUCUCCUGCGGGUAGAAUGAGAAGAGUGGUUUUGUAUUGACGUGUAAGGGUUAAAAUUUUUAUUUUUGUAAAAAUUGUUUAAAAUUUUUAAGUUUUAAUGCAAUUUCUUGUUCCUUUUAUCAUCAAGUGGCAUAUCAAGAUAUUUUUAAACCACAGAAUUCAAUAUUACGUCGUUCAAAUAAUUCUGAGCCACCACAUCCCAAAAAUUUGCUUUGAGAGUAGCUCACGAUUAGUUAAACAACUUAAUAAUAACUCUACGGUAAAUUACUCUUCCUAGCACACCCAACUGCUUAUAGUUACUCUCCCUGGCACACCCAUAUGCAUGUAGUUUCUCUCCCUGGUACACCCAACUGCCUCUAGCAUCACAACCUUGGCUUUUAUUAAUUGUCAUAUCACUUUUCUCUUGCAAUUUCCAGUUUUCUGCUACAAAAACGAUCGUUUUCGGAGAUUUACACUGCUUUUGCCACUGGCAUUUCAUUACACUCUAAAUUGAAACCGUUAUGGAACGUUGCGAAAAGUCACGUAACGUGCUUGCAACACAUAAAAUACAAAUAUCUUAACAUAGGGUACAGAUUAGCAUAAAAUACAAAUACAUUAAUUAAGAUAAGAUAUAAUACUUCAGCAUACCUUGACAUACCAUACAUAGUAGUUUGUGUAAAAAGUUUUAAGCCUUCAAACCUUGUAUAAUAUAUAAAAUACAUUUUUAAAAUUUUCAGCGUUGACAUCAUCCCAACUCCGACCUCCCCGCACACAAAGUUUUAAAUGUCUGUCGAAUGGAUGUUGUGAUCAACACGAAUGGUGUCGCUUCUGGGCAUCGAUUGGAGAAUGUAGGACGAAUGCCGAAUGGAUGGCCUCAAACUGUCAAUUGGCUUGUAAUACUUGUCCUGUGCCGUUGCGUAAGUUGUAACAAACUUAAGUUUAGUAUUCGGGUUGGAUAGGGGAUUUAACUUUAGUUUUUUAAAUUUUUAAAUUUUUUUAAAUUUUAAAAAUGAAAGUUUUGGAAUUGUUAAUACAUGCUUAAGCAUUGGGUCGUCAGGCAAUUUUUGGGUCUAGUCUGGCUUUCAAAAGUCAAAAAGGAGCCAAACUUCUUGAACCAGGCUUUACAUAGCUAAAUUCCAAAUUUUGUUUCAAACUGUGACUUUUAGGCUAGGCCGUUCUUUAAUUUUUCAGACCUUUCCAGCAAACUUAAAUGUAAAUUUUUAUCAUUUUUGCCAUAAAUGUUGAAAUUUCACCCUUCAAAAGUUGUCAUCAAUAACAACAAUCUUCCAAACAUUGUAAAGCAGACAUUCUACCGUAGACCUCAAUAAUAUUGACUAAAGUAAUAUUUACAAAGCCAUUUCCCAACCUUUACAACCUAUUUUCUUACUCAGUAGACGGGUCGAGAAACCAAAUUGAGGCCGUCGCUGUAAACAGUAUACAAUUUACUGGUUUCGCGCUUUUGAUUGAUAACACAUUCCACUCGUUGUGGUAAACAUGCUCAAACUGUAAAAUCACUGAUUUAUUUGCGGUUUGAACGGGCCGCGAGUUCUGGAAAAGGUUGACGUAGAUAACAUGACAUAUGGAGAAGAGUGAUAUAAGUAACAUAAAAUAUGAAGAAGGUUAAUAUAUGUAACAUAAUAUGUCGAAAAGAUUGACAUAAGCAAAAAAAACAUAUGAAGAAGGUGAAUAUGCAGGCUAUAGAACCAAAAACCAACCGCCGAAUAACUAUACAUAACAUAAUAUAAUCAGAAAUCAUUUUUAGCAUCAUCAACCUCACAAUCAACCUCCUCAUCAUCAACACAGUCGUCCUCAACGUCCACAUCGACGCGUACGUCGACGAGAAACCAAGAAUCCUCAACUUCUUCGGGAUCUCGCGCCACAGCACCAUUCACUUCACAAACCGGUGCAACCGACGAAACCGAUAGUACGGGACAAUUCCAGUCUAGCACAGCUAAUGGAGUGCAACAUGCUUCAAGUUGUGAUCAGAUCGCCAAUAACAGAAGCAAUGCUGCCGCUCAAAUGAUGGGAAGCGGCUUGGUUAAUGCCAUUGAGGACAGUAGUGGCAGACAGUUGCUGUCGCUGGAAGAUAUCACGAGGAGUGUAUCGACUGGUUGUGUGCCUCAGGUGAGAAACUUCAUUUGACAAAAAAUUUGAAAAUUUAAAAACCUAUUAGGUUUUUCGAAUAAUUCUGUGCCCCCUAUGCUCCAAAAAAUGCUUUAAUAAGGGGCACAGUAGUUGAACAACCUAAUAAUUUAAAAUUUUACAAAACAACCUUAUGUUAGCCCUAAUCCCCGAAUUUUAGCAAAAUGGAGCUGAAUGUUCGGCCAACUUGUGUUAUCACAUGAUGUACAGAUCUAUGGACGGUACUUGUAACAAUCUGAGAAGCUCGAUGCGUGGAGCCUCUUUCCGACCAUACUUACGACUUAUGCCCGCUGAGUACGAUGACGGAAUUGGAGAGCCUGUUUGUGAGUUUAACUUUAUAUUAUAAACUAAAAUACCUUUAUAUUCUAGACUAAAAUAUGGAUUUUGGCUUUGUUACAGAAGAUACAUUUGAAAUUUUAGUUUUUGAUUUCCCUUGCUAAAAUUUAGAAAAAGUUUUUUUGUUACCUAUUUAUCUUUGAUGAACCUUUUUACACGAAUAAAAGGCGAAAAUUCAUUUAUGUGUAAUUGUUUUUUGGAUUGAAGAAGCUGCUUUUCGAUGUUAUAGUAGACCAUUUUGAAGAAACUUUUUUUCAGAGUUUGAGGGGUCUCGCAAACUAAAAUUUAGGCCAAAUAAUAAUAUAUAAAGUCUAUACCUACCAAAAUAAACGUUUUUACUCCAUAAUUUCAGCUUCAAUCCGCCAAACGCGACCAUCAGUUCGUGAUGCCUCCAGGAUCUUGUUGUCCAGCUCUCAAGUCGUAACUCACGAGUCUUUCAACUCCCUGUUGAUGCAAUGGGGUCAGUUUAUGUCGCACGAUAUGGCCAGAACCACGCUACAACCUUCUGCCAAUUGUCCAACUUGUGAGCCAAUUCCAAGCAAAUGUAUUCCAGUCAAGAUCAGCGACAAGGACACCAACUUUUCGUGAGUUUAGCUUUAUUUUUGGCUCUAAUUUUAAUUCUUUGAGUUUUUUAAAAUUUAUUUUAGCUAUAAAUGGCAAAAAAGAGACCAAUAAGUGUAGGUAUAGGCAAUAUAUUGUAAAAAAUUGGCAAAAAGCUUGAAGAAGUUGAAAUAAUUAUAUUGUUGUAGGUUCAAAGAGAAGAAAUGCCUCAAAAUCUCUCGAUCUGCUCCAAUUUGUGGCACCGGUCAAACUGCUCCACGCCAACAGCUCAACGAAAACACUGCCUAUGUCGAUGGAUCUCAAAUCUACGGAUCUUCGAUUAAAGAUCUACCGAAGUUCAGAGAUGGCAGAACUGGCUUCUUGAAGUUGUCCCACUUCAACAACAUGAAUGUUCUGCCAUUCGAUGAGUCCAAGUGCUCCAGUGCCACCCAAUGUACGGCAUCUUUUGUCGCUGGCGACAUUCGUGCCAAUCUUUUCUUGGGAUUGUCUUCUUUCCAUAUUAUCUUUGCUCGCGAACAUAACAGGUAAGAGUUUUGGAGGUAUAGCUGUUUUGGUUAGCUGUUUAAUGAUAAUGCAUUGAGUUUGAAUUUGUAAAUUAUGUCUUUUUUGUUUUCUUUGAUUCUGAACUUUUAAAAAUUAUGUCAUUUUAGAAUCGCUCGCGCCUUCCAACAAAUGAAUCCAUCGUGGAGCGGCGAUCGUAUCUUCCAAGAAGCCCGCAAAGUGGUUGGAGCCGAGAUUCAGCACAUUCUGUACCGUGAGUUCCUUCCGAAAAUCCUCGGAAGCUCCAUGGACAAGAUCCUCGGCCCAUACAAAGGCUACGACCCAUCCGUAGACUCCACCAUCUCCAACGUCUUCACCACUUCGGCCUAUCGGUUCGGACACGGUAUGAUCAUGGAGAAGUACCCUCGACUGGAUCCGGCUGGUCAGCCCAUUCCCCACGGUCCAUUUGACUUUGGCGACGGCGUCUUCAAGUCCAACAAGAUUCUGUUCGAAGGUGGCGUGGAUCCGGUGAUUCGUGGGUUGUGGUCGACUCAAGUCAAACGCCCACAUCGUAUGACGCCGGCCAUCACGGAGAGCAUGUUCGGAAGGUAAACAUUGUUUAGUUUUAAAACUGGCAUGGGUAAACUUUAGAAUUGAGCAUGGAUAAACUAUAAAAUUAGGUAUGGGUAAACUUUAGAAUCAGAUAAACAUAAAAAACAUAAAAUCUUUCAAUGGUGUGCAAAGUAAAUAGGCUAAUAUUGGGCGGGGUAAACGUCUAAACUGGUACUGGUAGCCUAGUUUUUAACACGGAGAUGCAAAUUAUAAAAAUUGGGCGGAGUAAACAUGAAAAACAAUGUUUUUUGGGUUGAGAUAGACACGAGAAGAUAAGUUUUUGAUAUUUUGCAAAGACUAACCAUAAAUUAAUUGAUAAACAACAACAAAUAAAUAGGUAAACAACAGCAAAUAAACAAAUUUUAGAAAGAAAACACUAUUUUUGUAAAGUUUUUUAUGUUAUUGAGACGGCAGUCAUAUUUUUAAUGGCUCUACAGCCUUUUUACAUUGCUUUUUACUCUAAAGAUAUUGUUUUAGAUGAUUUUGAAGCAUUAAACUCAGUAUUAUUUAAUUAAAAUCAAAUUAAAACACUAAUAACAUACCAAAAUAUCAGAAGGACUCAAAAUUUUUGCAAACGGUCAGUAAAAUCUGAAAAAAUUAAAAAUUUGAAACGAAAUUGAGGAAACGCAGAAAAAAUAAAAAUUUCAAAGAAAAUUUUCAAUUUUAUGACCUUUCAGCACUGACCUCGGAUCUGUGAACAUCAUGCGCGGACGUGAGCACGGCAUUGCAUCGUACAAUAAAUGGCGCAAAUUCUGCGGAAUGUCAGUAGCCGGAUCGUUCGAGGAGCUCAAGGAUCAGAUUCUGGAUCCAAGCAUUCGUGGAGCUUUGGCACAAAACUUCCAAUCUCCUGGUAAGGUUGAUUCAUAUAUAAAUUUAUAUAUAUUAUACAGAACUAGUAUGGUUAUCAGUAAAAUAUCGUUGAUAAUGUAUAGGAAAGGUUAAAAUGACACUAGUUUCUUGUUAUAGGUAACAUAUGAGGGAUAGGUUAACUUUUUGAAAGGUUAGUUUAUAUAACAACAUAUAUAUUAUGAACGCACAAUUAAGUGAACGGCAUAAUAAUAAUAAAAACCUUACUUUUAGACGACUUGGACUUGUACGUUGGCGCCAUGGUAGAAGACCCAGUUGUUGGUGGUCUUGUUGGUUCAACGCUGGCUUGUAUCAUUGGAGAUCAGUUUAAGAGGACUAGGGAUGGAGAUCGGUAAGCUAUUAUGAUCUUGUGGUAAAACUGGAAGAGGCUGUACUUUCAAUCUUCUCUUUGCGCUUAACUUGAGCCUUAAAAACCGUAAUAGGUAUCUAAAUUCUAUUGAUAGAAAAUGGAUUUACCAUCUAAUUAUAGAUUAUAUAGAUUGACCAUAAAAGCCUCAAGACUAGCGCUAGCUACUAUCAGGCUGUUCAAGUAAUUCUGUGCCUCUAAUCUCUAAAAUGUUUUAUGAGAGAAGGCACAGAAUUAUUUUAACGUCUUAAUAGAAUUCAAAAACGCUUGUUUGGAAGUUAAACUUUUAAAAAUUUAUGCAAAAUAUUAGUUUUAAAAUUUAAAAGAAAAUUAUUUUGCGCCUACGCUCUAAGCCUAAUCAAGCUGAUUUUAUGAUUUCUUGGUACAGUUGGGUGGUCUGACCCUAAAGCAAUUUCUAUAAACUUACCGUAUCCUAGUUUUCGUACCCAUGAAACCUAUUAGGUUGUUCAAAUAAUUAUGUGCCUCAAAAAAUUAAAAUUUGCUUUGAGAGAAGACGCACAAUUAUUUGAAUAACUUAUAUUAAAAAAAGUUUUUUGCUUUAACUUUGGCUUAACUCCUACCUCUAAAAACCACUAUUCUACGUUUAACUCACCGCUUCCCUAACCAUAUAUGUCAGUUAUUAAAAAAUGACAAAACUUAUAAUACUUCAGAUUCUACUUUGAAAACCCUGGAGUCUUUACUGGACCUCAGUUGGCUGAGAUUCGUAAGACUCGUUUGUCCAAAAUUUUCUGCGACAACGGCGACAGUAUUAGAGAAGUGCCGGGCGAUGCCUUUGUUACUCCUAAGAAUGGUUUGGUACCUUGUAGUCAGCUGCCCACCAUCGAUCUGUCUAAAUGGAAAGAGUAA